AUGUCUUCACAGGGUGAUCAGUUAAGGCAGAAGGCCGACAAGAAGGCGUCCUCGUCGUCCGGCUUCUCCUUCUUCAGCUCGUCGACCGCCAAGUUCGAGGAGGCGCACGACCUGUACCAGUCGGCCGGCAACGCGUACAAGAUGGACAACAUGCACAAGGAGGCGGGAGACUGCUUCUGCAAGGCGGCCGAGAUGGCGCUCAAGAAUGACGAGAAGGACGACGCCGCCAACGACUUUUGGACCGCGAGCAAGUCGUACAAGAAGAGCCACCCCGAGCUGGCCGUCGCGGCGCUCCAGCGGACAAUUCAGCUGUACAAGGAGAAGGGACGGUUCAGGCAGGCUGCGGAUCGGCACAAGGAGAUCGCGGCAAUCCUGCAGCAGGAAGGAGGAGACAUGGCCGGUGCGCUCGAGGCGUACGAGGCGGCCGGGAACAUCUACUCGAACGAAGACGCGACUGCGUCUGCAAACGCGUGCUACAAGGAAGCUGCCGAGAUUGCUGCGACGCUGGGACAGUACCCUCGAGCGAUCGAACACUUCGAAAAGGUCGCGCAGCAGUCGCUUGGCUCGGCUUUGACGCGGUACGGCGUCAAGGAGCACUACUUGAAGGCGGGCAUGUGCUGGCUGGCUACCGGGGACGUCGUCUCGACGAAGCGAGCAAUCGACAACUACACGAGCGCCGACCCUUCCUUCGCCACGACUCGCGAGUGCCAGUUUCUGAACGGUAUCACAGAAGCGUUCGAUGCAGGAGACGCAGAGGGAUUCACGGCGCAUGUGGCAGAGUUCGACCGCUUGACACGACUCGACAACUGGAAGACGAGCUUGCUGUUGACCAUCAAGCGCGGCAUCGCGGAGGAGCCGAGCCUGACCUGA